GACGUGAUGUGGAAUUAUAUAGACCUCACUUCCAGUUCCACACAGCACUUCAGUGCAUCUAAAACCUCAGACAUGGAUGACCCUCCACAAAAUGGCUCCAUGCACACAUUAACAUCCAUCGCAACCCGACGACGGUGACCUCUAAGGAGAAUCGAAUUGGGGAUUACACGUUUUUAUUGGAUAGUGUUUUAUAUUUGCGCCUGUUCAGGAUUUGGAAAACUGUUUUUCGAAUCCACAAUAAAGAAUGAUGGAAAAACUGAAAUCCGAGAAAUUUCCGCUCAGUCCGAGCAUGGAUGCCUUGGAAUCGCCCCCGCGCGACACCAACUCGACUUCCUCCUCAGGUUUGGCAUCCGCGGAGGAGGGAGAUGCAUGCGGGAAACAGGAAGGCACGAAGCCCACGCAGAGAGGAGAGCAUCACCUCCCCGAGGAGCGCUGUAACGGGACUCUCAUCCUUAAUGGCGCUGCCAAGGAAACGGCUUACCACGACAUCGAGCUAAAAAAGGAAGUGCCGGUGAUCGAGCUGUCCAGGAGAGGAGGGACCGUGGAUAUAAAAGGCAGAGAGCUCAAGGCAGACGGCAGUCAUAAGGUGCAAACCACAGAGCUGUGCAGACCACCUAUUCCUCUGACACUGCCUCCCAGGGACCCGCUGAGCGAAACUCGAAUGGUGCAGUUGAGCCCGCCCGCUUUCCCUCUCCCGGCCCGAGCGAUGCUGUACAGCAACAUGGCGCAACCGCUCGCCACUAUUAACAGUGGUUUUGCUGGAGAAGCGGAUCAGUAUGGGAUGUAUCCCAGCAGUCGAGUGAAACGCAGACCAGCGCCGUAUGAGGUCGAAAUCAACGACGGGUCACAGCCCAAAAUUGUGCGACGUAUUUUCACGAACAGCCGCGAACGGUGGCGGCAGCAGAACGUGAACGGUGCCUUCGCAGAGCUCCGCAAACUCAUCCCCACCCACCCGCCCGACAAGAAGCUAAGCAAGAACGAGAUUCUUCGCCUGGCCAUGAAGUACAUCAACUUCCUGGCCAAGCUCCUCAAUGACCAAGAUGACAUGGUGGAUGGCGAGGCACCCACUCGGGCCACCCGAGAUGGGCAAGAUGCGACCCUGGUGCGAGACGACCUCCUUCAGGAGAUGUUAAGCCCCAACUCUAGCUGUGGAAGCCUGCUGGACGGGGACGCCAGUCCGGAGAGCUUUACCGAAGACCAAGACUCAUCUGUGGAAUCCAGACCUUCUGCAAGGGGACUGCAUAAUUCCAGCCACCCCCUGGACGGAAAUGCCCAACGAUGACUGAGUUAGCAUUGAUGGAGAAUCAAUGGACAGAACUUUGGAGUAAAAGCCCAGGAUUGAGAAGGUGCAGUGCUCCACGGACCUAACAUAUUUUAUUUUCAUGUUGUGUGCAAGCAUAUUCUUGCUUAUGACUUUCUGUUAAACUGUUCUCUUCACGCUUUUGACACCUAUAAGCCCUCAGUGGUGAAACACACAGUGGUACAGAGGGAAAAUGCCAGGUAGCUUUUGGUCCUUGGUUAUUUAGGGUGGACAGAAAUCAUCACUCACCACCUGGAAGCAUAAAGAAAACAGAAGAUUGAAGGGAUAGUCUGAAUGGUACCUUGUCUUGCAUUCCAACUCACAUCUCAUCAGGUACAUUGGGUAAGGAGGACAUUGGAAACAGCUAGAUUACUCAACUGUGGCAUAAUACCAGUUUUGUAACAAAAACGGGGCGUAAAGGUUUUGUAGCAGUCAAAACCAAAGUUAAUGACAAUUAUAGUAUUCAAUUCUGAAAAUUGCUAUUAGGGAAAGACCCCAGCUUCAUUACUGUGGCUUUGUGAAUAGGGGUCAAAAAGCUUCUUCGAGACAAGUGUUGUACACAAGGAGAAUUUUAAGGAGUUAUGACCUUCAACAAGUAUUAUUCUCAUUGACAAUAGCAACAAAAUGAAUGCUAUUUGGGAAAAAAGUAUUGCCAUUUUGUAAAUGGUUUUUCAGUAUUACGUUUGGGAAUAACACGCACAAAAAAGACAAAGCAUUUUGUCGUACCAACGGGCAAACACUUAUGAUGGAGGAGGUACCAGAAUGUGUACAUAAACUGGAAAAAUUUUGUGUUUGUAAAAAAGAUCCCUCUUAGACUGUUCUUUUGCAUUGUGAUCAUGGUACACCAUUAAAUAGCGCCCAUCUCCCAUUAUAUGUUAAUUUCUUUGAAUUAAACAUGCCCCCUUCGACUCCCUCCCCCCAAUUCACAAUGUUACAUUCAUUGAUUAAGUGUUUUGUCACUUUAUUUGACUUGUAUGAACUUGAUCUGCUUUUUAGCAGAUGAUUGAGUAACCAGUCUUGGUACCUUUAAGUAUUUUAUUGGGUAUUAAAGGAACAAACAAAUAAAAACAAAAAAUUGUUAUUUUAAUGUGAUAUUUAGUAGAAAGACCUUUGUUGUAAGGUGAAAAUCUAUCUAUGAAUAUAUGCAAUGUUAUAUCUCACAAACAUUUUAUAUAAAAACCCACAAAAAUAAAAAAACAACAAAUCUGAAAA